AUGGCGUCCCGUAACGGUCUCUUUGGCCUGGCAUCGCUAAUCCUCCUCGCCGCUGGCCUUCUGUUUAUGUUCUUCAUCCUCCUCGCGGGCGCAGUUGAGCAUGGCCCUGUCAACAAAUUCUACAUUCUACAAGCAGAUACCGCAAAUAUUCCGGGAGCUCCUCCCGUGUCAAGAUGGUCAUAUUGGAACGUGUGCGGUGUUCAGAACGGACGCACACAUUGCGGCGACCAGCACUACUCAGAUGUGCAUCCGGCAUUUCCACUGGACCCUGCGUCUCACCGAACCUUUGACACCACGGUGAAUGUCCCUCGGAACUUUGUUGAGCGUCAUGGGUACUACUUCUUGAUGACUCGUUUCAUGUUUGCUUUCAUGCUCAUUGCGCUCUUCUUCGGCGUAUGCGCGUUGUUUACUGGCCUCCUCGCCCUGUGCACCAGAUUGGGCUCCUAUCUCAGUGGUCUCUUGAGCAUGAUGGCCAUGUUUUUCCAGGCAAUCCAGGCAUCUCUUAUGACUGCCGCGUACGUCAAAGGCCGCAACAACUUCCGGAACAACGGUCAAGCUUCCGACAUUGGAAAGUACGCCUUUGGGUUUGAAUGGGCUGCAUUUGCGUGCUUCUUCAUUUGCACUGUCCUCUUCUGUAUGGGCGGAUCCUCACGUCGCGAACCCAGAACAACCAAGUCACGAGGUUUCACGUUCCGAGGCCGAAGGAGUAGAAGCACAAGGAGCAGAGGCAGCUUUGUUCACGACAAGGAGUACGGAUCAUAG